GGGGGAGAAAAAAUUAAAAAAAAUUUUUUGUUGUAAAACUCUUUCAAUUAAAAAAAAUAAAGUUUGCACAUCAUCUGUAAAGCAGCUUCUUGGCUAUUCACAGACUUUAAAGACAUGCCAAGGCUCCUAAAUUGAUUGGAACUAGUUCCUCUAGAAUUAAUCCCACACAUCUGACCAGUGUUUUAGAAGUAAAAGCUAAUAUAAUCCUUGAUUGUAUAAACGGAGACAUAGAAUCAGAAUCACGUGAAAUAUUAGUUCUGCUUUAUAAAGCCUUAGUAAGAUCAUAGCUGGAAUACUGCAUCCAGUUUUGGUCACCACAUUACAAAAAAGAUGUAGAGACUUUGGAAAAAGUGCAGAGAACAGCAACAAAUACGAUUAAAGGCCUGGAGGCUAAAACAUAUGAAGAACAGUUGCAGGGUUUGGGUUUGGCUAGUCUGGAGAAAAGAAGGGCUACAGGGGACAUGUUAGCAGUAUUCCACUAUUUGAGAAGUUGCCACAAAGAGGAGGGGGGCAGUUUAUUUUUGAAAGCACCAAAAGGCAGGACAAGAAACAAUGGAUGGAAACUAAUCAAGGAGAGAAGCAACCUGGAAUUGAGGAGAAACUUCCUAACAAUGAUACUGGAAAUCGACUUCGUUUCCAACUAGAGCUGGAAUUUGUGCAGUGUCUGGCAAACCCCAAUUACCUCAAUUUUCUUGCCCAGAGAGGAUACUUCAAAGACAAAGCAUUUGUAAAUUAUUUAAAAUACUUGCUCUAUUGGAAGGAACCAGAGUAUGCCAAAUACCUAAAGUAUCCCCAAUGCCUACAUAUGCUAGAACUGCUCCAAUAUGAACAUUUUCGUAAAGAACUGGUGAAUGCGCAGUGUGCAAAAUUCAUUGAUGAGCAACAGAUACUCCACUGGCAACACUAUUCCCGCAAGCGGAUGCGCCUCCAGCAGGCCCUUGCAGAACAGCAGCAGCAGCAACAGCAGAACAGCACCUCUGUCAAGUGAGCCAGUAGGCGCUACAAAAACUCCUCGCAAGGGCGGAAAGCACCUGUGGAUUUAAUCUGGGGCAUUGUUACCUGAAAUGCCUUAGCACGGUGAUGGUGUUAGUAAAAUGUUGUGGAUGUUUAACAGCUUCAGUUUGGAAUUUCAGAUUUGCAGCAAAUGAUUUCUUCAAGAUGUAAGAUGUCCUGAUUUAAAGGUGUAGAUGUAUUUCCUGGUACUGUAUAGCAGAAGAGUAUUUUGGAACAUUUACUGUGAAGUAAAAGUGGUUAAACAUU